UCAUCCUUGACCGCUGGCCAUGUUCCUUCCGUCUUCAAGAGAGCGAGAGUUGCAUCCCUCCUCAAAAAACCUACACUCGAUCCCUCCGAUGUCAACAACUACAGACCAGUAUCCCUUCUUUCUUUUCUCUCCAAAACUCUUGAGCGUGCCGUCUCUAGCCAACUCUCUUGCUAUCUCUCUCAGAAUGACCUUCUUGAUCCAAACCAGUCAGGUUUCAAAACUGGUCAUUCAACUGAGACUGCUCUUCUCUGUGUCACGGAGGCUCUCCGCACUGCUAAAGCUAACUCUCUAUCCUCUGCUCUUAUCCUUCUAGACCUAUCCGCUGCCUUUGAUACUGUGAACCAUCAGAUCCUCCUCUCCACCCUCUCCGAGUUGGGCAUCUCCGGCACUGCUCACUCUUGGAUUGCGUCCUACCUGACAGGUCGCUCCUACCAGGUGGCGUGGCGAGAAUCUGUCUCCACACCACGUGCUCUCACCACUGGUGUCCCCCAGGGCUCAGUUCUAGGCCCUCUCCUAUUCUCUCUAUACACCAAGUCACUUGGCUCGGUCAUAUCCUCACAUGGUCUCUCCUAUCACUGCUACGCAGACGACACACGCAGAGUACGACCCUACCUUACACAGAAAGCGGCACAGGUCCUAAUCCAGGCACUUGUCAUCUCCCAUCUAGAUUACUGCAACUCGCUGUUGGCUGGGCUCCCUAUCUGUGCCAUUAAACCCCUACAACUUAUCCAGAAUGCUGCAGCCAGUCUGGUGUUCAACCUUCCCAAGUUCUCUUAUGUCACCCCGCUCCUCCGCACACUCCACUGGCUUCCAGUUGAGGCUCGCAUCUACUACAAGACCAUGGUGCUUGCCUACGGAGCUGUGAGGGGAACGGCACCUCCUUACCUUCAGGCUCUGAUCAGACCCUACACCCAAACGAGGGCACUACGUUCAUCCACCUCUGGCCUGCUAGCUCCCCUACCUCUACGGAAGCACAGUUCCCGCUCAGCCCAGUCAAAGCUAUUCGCUGCUCUGGCACCCCAAUGGUGGAACAAGCUCCCCCAUGAUGCCAGGAAAGCGGAGUCACUGACCACCUUCCGGAGACACUUGAAACCCUACAACAGUGCAAUCAAUACCUGUGCUUCUUCCAAAAACAUCAGCAACACCAUCCUGUCCUCUCCAGCCCCAGUAGUUGAGCUAGCCAGUCCUACGCUCCCUGAGUCAAGGUUCUUCACCUUCACCACAGUCACUGCAGCUGAUCUCAAACUGGCCGCAGUCACACCAGUACUUAAAAAGCCUGGAUCUGACCCUGACAACCUCCAGAACUACAGGCCUAUCUCCAACCUGCCCUUCCUGAGCAAGCUCCUCGAAUGUGCUGUUUCUAGCCAACUCCAAAACCAUCUGGCCACUCACAACCUAGUCGAGCCCUUCCACUCAGGUUUCAGAGCUAGACACAGCACCGAGACUUCCCUGGUAAGGAUCACCAAUUACCUCCUCAUGAAUGCUGACUCUCGGCUGCCUGCAUCCUCAUACUGCUGGACCUCAGUGCAGCAUUCGACAAAGUCAGCCACGCCAUCCUGCUGGACUGCUCCUGAAGAAGCUCCUGGGCCUGUCAGACACUGCCCUGGACUGGUUCAGGUCCAGUUUGUAGUCAUCGGUCCAAAUGACACUCAGCUGUAUGUCUCCACAAACACUGACACUGCCAAUGCCACUGCACUCCUGAUCAGCAGCCUGCAGGACAUCAAAGCAUGGAUGCAGUUGAAUUUCCUGCAGUUAAACUGCAAAAAGACAGAGGUCAACCUGAUUGGCACUCCCACCAUCAUACACAACAUCAGCAGCUACAGCCUCAAUAUCGAUUGUGUCAAGGUCCUCCUCACAAAUGAGGUUCGCAACCUGGGUGUGAUAUUUGACAGUCAGCUCUCGUUUGAGGCCCACAUCAAGAGUGUGACCAAAUUCUAA